UGAAAAAACCCCCUAAUUUAGAGUACUUCCCUUUUAAAAAACUUUCACAUUACCUCAAAGUUGGGCAGAUGAUUUAAAAAUAAAUAAGCAAACAAAAAACACUUUUCAUCAUUCAAUGUUGAAGGUACAAAUGUCUCAUUAAUGAUAUGAUACACAUAUAUAUUGAUAUAAUGAGAUUAUAAGCGUGAAGAAGCCUGUCGGUCACAGGAGAGGAGAAAUGUUGCUCAGCGUUGUGGGGAAACCUUGUUGUUGCACAAACGGAGAAGAAAUAGAAAUUGAGGAGAGGAAGAGUCAGUUAAAGGAAGAAACACUCUACAUUGAUCACUGUCAGAGAAGAGAGCACGAGAGCGAGACAGGAAAAGUGUAAAGUUUGUCCUCUGGAGGGAGACACUGACUGUCUCAAUCAUCAAAUCAGGAUGUUUGUUCUCAUCUGGGCGACUCUGCUUUUCUCUGUGAGAGACAACAAUGCUGUCACAGGUGAAUCGGUGGGGGAAAUAACAAGGUGUGACAGAGGAUUCUGUAUCACUCUCAGAGGAGGAGAAGUAACAGCAGAGGCUGGACUCUGUGUUGUGAUACCGUGUUCUUUCACCACUGGUUAUGGCUUUACACCUCAACAUAUGGUGUGGUACAAAUGUGAACCAUCUAAAUAUAGUUGUGGUGAUUCAGACAUGAUACUCCACACUAACAAGAACAACAAAAAAGUUCAGUCUGGGUUUAUGGGAAGAGUUUCACUGUUGGAGCCUGACGUGAGUCAGAGGAACUGCAGCAUCAUCAUCAAUGACCUCACUGAGUCAGACUCUGGAUCAUAUCAGUUCAGAGUUAAUGGUUUCCAGUAUGGGAAUAAUGAUAGAUAUACAUUCUAUCAAAGAGCAACUGUCUCUGUUAAAGGUCUGACCCAGAAGCCCACAGUGAUGGUUCCUCCUCUGACAGAGGGACAGCAGACCACACUGACCUGCACUGCUCCUGGUCUCUGCUCUGGAUCUGAUCCUAAAGUCACCUGGACGUGGAGAGGAGCAGGAAACAUCACUGCUUUCAUGACUGAGAAUGUGACUGCUGUCACAAAGAGACACAGCUCAACUUUGACCUUUAACCCUUCAGCUGAACAACACGGCUCCAAUGUCACCUGUAAGGUCAGCUUCACAAACAACAUCAGUACAGAGGAGACAGUGACUCUGAAUGUGACCUAUGUGAAAGAAUUUAAAAUCACUGGGAAUACAAGUGUGAAGGAGGGUGAGACUCUGAAUCUCACCUGCAGUGUUGAAAGUUUCCCUCCAUCUCUCAUCACGUGGACAAAAUCUUCUGAGGAAAACUUUCUGAAUGGAUCAGAAACGAAUUGGGAGAACAACACCGCGAUCUUCAUGCAGAGAGAAAGUGGAAUGGGCACUUUUUCCAUCUCUAAUGUGACAACAGAGGAUUCAGGACUGUACAUCUGCAGAGCAAAGUAUCUGAAUAAAACCCUGGUGGAAAGGGUUGAUGUAACAGUCAUAUAUAUGAAGGAACCUGUUAUCACUGGAAAUACAACUGUUGAGAAGGGAGAUGCUCUGAAUUUAACCUGUAGCGUUGAAAGUUUUCCUCCAUCUCAUAUCAAAUGGACUGUAUUUGGCUCCAACGAGAAGCUGCACAAUGGACUUGACCCCGACCUGCAGAACGACACUGGAUCAGCCACACUUUUCAUCCCUAAUGUGACGGCAGAAUAUUCCGGACAGUACGUCUGUACAACACAACACCUGGACAAGACUGUGACUACAUAUGCUGAUGUAACCGUUACUUGGUUUUCAAAGAUCUUAAAAAACUCUGGGUGUGUGGUUCAGUCGGAGGUCCUGACCUGUGUGUGCAUCAGUGAGGGGUUUCCAUUACCCACCAUCAAAUGGCCGCUGUUGGAGAACCACACUGAGUACUCUGUCAUCACCACUGUGUCAAACCACACAGUCAACAGCACCGCCACUCUAACUGUAAAAGACCAGCAACACUUCUGUUAA